AAUGCAACAAGGUUCUUCGUCUUGGCACACCGUAUCGAAUGUCGCUUCUUUUUCAUUGCCAGCUCGUCGUUUUUGAAGUGGUGUUCCCACAAACUAGUUGAUCAGCAAGAAGUAGGAUUGAUAUGGCUUACGCCCACGCGGUCCGCGAGGUUUUGGGGACCAUAUACGUGAAGGUUGAGCGGGCGGAGGACCUGUUGCACCGCGAUGGAAUCGUCAGUACCUCUUCCGUGCCGCGGCCCGUCUUCGUCGGGAACCAGAUCGUCCAGUACCGGCCGCCGCAGCCCGUCGGACAGAUUCCCGUGCUCUUCCACCAGUUGAAAACGACCAUCAAAGGCGUGAUCCGGGACACGGCCUCCACCUCGGUUCUCGACCGCCUCCCGGUCGUCCGCGAGUUGAAGCAGACCUACGACUACGUGUUCGGCAACUUGAAUGCGGACCGCGUGGACUCCAUCCCCAGUCGCGUACACGACUCCCGGCUGAAACUGGAACAACUCGUCGCCCUCGUUCACGCCAAGGCCGGCGGCAGCGCGGCCGAUGACGUGCUCAGCUGCGCAACCGCAGACCUGAAGUACGUGGAUCCUUGGCCCUACGUGCAUCCGACGGGAAUCGGAACAUUUUGAAAAAGAUUUCGUACCAAUAAUUUUGCAGAGACGUUUCUCAUUUUUGACUGUACGAUGUUGGGACUCGACUACACAAAGGAACGCAGUAAAUCAAGAAUUUUCAAGAAACACUCACAUACUACGACUUCUUCCCGCUGCGGGUCUCACCAACCCGGAGCUGCAGACAGUUUCUGUUUCCCAAAUCGCAACCUUCAACGAGGUCGAGACGAACUGAAGCGGAAGCUUCUUUUAUGAGUAAUACUUCGGGUCGAUGAAAAUAAA